AUGGAGCCUUUUGAGGAAGCAAGCGAGACAGAUGUCUCUGACGAUGAGCAGAGCAACGAUGAGGAACCACGAAUUAAAGAUGCUUUAGAGAAUCUCUCACAAACCGUUUCCCAAAAAAGGACUUCUGACCAGCUACACAGAAUGGCUGCUUCCAAAGAUAUUCUGUUUUGGACCCCACAGUUAGGAGUCGACAAGCCUUUAAUAAAAAACAAGAACAUUUUGAGCGAUUUACUGGAAAAAGAAAAGGUUUAUGGAGAAAACGAAGGCGAAGGUGAUGAUGACAGCGACCGUAGCGACAGUAACGACGAUAAUGACGGCGAAGAAAGUCAAUCUGAAAGCAAUGAUGAGGAAAGUGAUAGUGACCCUGAUCAAGAAGGAAUCACUCAAAGACUCCUCGAAACCAUGUCAUCAUUGUCAAAAUUGGAAUAUGUCCGUAACUGCGGUGGUUAA